AUACUCAAUUUGCCAAUUUCUUCCAAGUUCAUUCAAUUUCUUGAAACGCAGGUGCUGGCAAAGUUUGAAGGGUUUCCCGCAAAGAAAUUGGAGAUAUUGAGAGCAGCAGCAACACUAUAUUUAAAACUUGAAGAAACAACUAGCAAACUGGAGAAUUGGAAAGUAAUGCCUCCAUUGGAUCAGCACCUUAGCAAGUACGAAUCCCACUUUAACAAGAUCAAGGGAGAAAUAGAGGCAAUUGAAAGAAGCAAAGAUGAGGAGUCUAAGAGAUUCCUGAGCAACAAUAUUGAUUUUGACUUCGGCAUUUUGGUGCGAAUCAAGGAAUUAAUGGUAGACGUUUCUUCAAGCUGCAUGGAGGCUGCACUUAAGGAAUGGAGGAAGGCAAAGGAAGCAGAGAGUGAAGAAAGUGGAAAAAUGAGUGAAGGCCAAUUAAAAGCAAGUGAAAAUAUGCUUUGGAGGACUUUUCAGCUAGCGUAUAGGGUCUAUAGCUUUGCUGGUGGACAGGAUGAAAGAGCUGAUGUUUUGAGCAAAGAACUAGCUCAUGCAAUAGAGAUGACCACCAGAGCUAACUCUGAGCAAAGAAAAAUGAUUUAAUUCAACCAUUCCAUAAACAGUGACAACGUUAAUCAUCGAUCAUAGUUAGAUUUAUAUGAAAUCUAUGAUGAAUAAUAAAAUCAUUGUAUAUAUAAUGGUAUUGUAUUAUAAAAUUUUUCCUAAAUAAGAGAUCAAUUUCAUGCCUACUUUAUCGACUUCUAUGCCCAUGCUAAGUAAA